CCCCCCCCCCCCCAUCUCUCUCACCACUGUACGAGGAGGGGCUUGAUGCCGAGGAGGAGGAGGAGGGGGAGGCAGGCAGGCAGGCUCAUCUGACCCGCGAGCCCGCAUCCGAAGCAGGUCGCAUGCGUUAACGAGUGACCGGCGGACAGGCGUGUUGGUCGGUGAGGCCGUUGUACUACCUGCCAAGAUGGUGGCCCUGUCGCUGAAGAUCUGUAUACGUCAGUGCAACGUGGUGAAGACAAUGCAGUUUGAACCGUCCACGCCGGUGUACGACGCCUGCAGGAUCAUCAGAGAGAGAGUCCCUGAAGUGCAGACAGGACAAGCGUCAGAUUACGGCCUCUUCCUGUCGGACCACAACCCGAGGAAAGGAAUCUGGCUGGAGUCCAGUAGAACCCUGGAUUAUUACAUGCUGCGAAAUGGAGACGUUUUGGAGUACAAAAAGAAACAAAGGCCGCAGAAGAUCAAAAUGCUGGACGGUGCGGUUAAAACCAUCAUGGUGGACGACUCGAAAACUGUCGGCGAGCUGCUUGUCACCAUCUGCAGUAGAAUAGGAAUCACCAACUACGAGGAGUACUCCGUCAUUCAAGAGGUGAUGGAGGAGAAGAAGGAGGAUGGGAUGGGGACCCUGAGGAAAGACAGGACGCUGCUGCUCCGAGACGAGAGGAAGAUGGGAAAGCUCAAAGCCAAACUCCACACGGACGAUGAGUUGAACUGGCUGGACCACAGCAGGACCUUCAGAGAGCAGGGCCUGGAGGAAAGUGAGACUCUGCUGCUCAGGCGCAAGUUCUUCUACUCGGACCAGAAUGUGGACUCCAGGGAUCCUGUCCAGCUGAACCUCCUCUAUGUUCAGGCUAGGGAUGAUAUAUUGAAUGGAUCCCACCCUGUCUCCUUUGAUAAAGCCUGUGAGUUCGCAGGCAUCCAGGCUCAGAUCCAGUUUGGACCCCAUGUGGAGCUCAAACACAAGCCCGGAUUCCUUGAUCUGAAGGAGUUCCUGCCCAAAGAGUACACCAAGCACAGAGGGUCUGAGAAAAAAAUAUUCCAGGGCCAUAAAAACUGUGGAGAGAUGACGGAGAUUGAGGCAAAAGUAAAGUAUGUGACGCUCGCCAGGUCCCUGCUGACAUAUGGAGUGUCCUUCUUCCUUGUGAAGGAAAAGAUGAAGGGUAAAAAUAAGCUGGUCCCGCGGCUGCUGGGGAUAACCAAAGAGUCAGUGAUGCGAGUGGAUGAGAAGACGAAGGAUGUGGUGCAGGAUUGGCCUCUGACAACGGUCAAGAGAUGGGCUGCCUCCCCCAAGAGCUUCACCCUGGAUUUUGGAGAGUACCAGGAGAGUUACUACUCCGUCCAGACUACAGAGGGAGAACAGAUAUCCCAACUUAUUGCUGGAUACAUUGACAUCAUUCUUAAGAAGAAGCAGAGUAAGGAUCGCUUUGGCCUUGAGGGGGAUGAGGAAUCCACCAUGCUGGAGGAAUCGGUGUCCCCUAAGAAGUCCACAAUUUUGCAGCAGCAGUUCAAUCAAAGUCUGGCCCAGCAGGCCUUAAUGGGCACCAUAAACAGCAGCAUGCAGGCUGUGCAGCAGGCUCAGGCGGACCUGGGAUAUGUAGAUAAUCUGCCUCCACUGGGCCGUGAUUUGGCAUCCAGGGUUUGGGUUCAAAACAAAGUGGAUGAAUCCAAACAUGAAAUCCACCCUCAGGUGGAUGCCAUCACUGCUGGAACAGCAUCUGUGGUCAAUCUCACUGCAGGUGAGCCCACAGAAACUGACUACACAGUGGUGGGAUGCGCCAUCACCACCAUCUCCUCCAACCUCACGGAAAUGUCCAAGGGUGUCAAGCUGCUUGCGGCGUUAAUGGGCGACGAGGUGGGCAGCGGACACAAGCUCAUGGGCGCUGCCCGGAUGCUGGCCGGAGCCGUGUCGGAUCUGCUCACCUCUGUCGAGCCCGCGGCAGCCGAGCCCAGACAGACGGUGCUGACUGCAGCAGGAAGCAUCGGACAGGCCACCGGGGACUUGCUCCGUCACAUGGGGGAGGGCGAGACCGACGAGAAGUUCCAGGACACCCUGAUGAAUCUGGCCAAAGCAGUGGCCAAUGCAGCUGCUAUGUUAGUCCUGAAGACCAAGAAUGUGGCCCAGGUGGCCGAGGACACCAUAUUGCAGAACCGGGUGAUCGCAGCUGCCACUCAUUGUGCCUUGUCCACCUCACAGCUGGUUGCUUGCACCAAGGUGGUGAGCCCAACCAUCAGCUCCCCAGUGUGCCAAGAGCAGCUUGUCGAGGCGGGAAAGCUGGUAGACCGCUCGGUGGAAACCUGCGUCCAGGCUUGCCGCUCGGCCAGCGGCGACGGCGAGCUGCUGAAGCAAGUCGGGGCGGCAUCCGGCGUGGUGAGCCAGGCGCUCAGCGACCUGCUGCAGCACGUCCGCCACUAUGCCAGCUGCGGAGAGCCCAUCGGGCGUUACGACCAGGCCACAGACACAAUCAUGAAUGUGACGGAAAAUAUUUUCACCUCCAUGGGGGAUGCUGGUGAGAUGGUGCGUCAGGCUAGGGUGUUAGCCCAGGCAACCUCCGACUUGGUCAAUGCCAUGAGAUCUGACGCCGAGGCAGAGAUUGAUGUUGACAACUCCAAGAAACUGCUGGCAUCAGCCAAACUUUUGGCUGAUGCCACAGCCCGGAUGGUGGAGGCAGCUAAGGGGGCAGCUGCUUACCCAGAGAAUGAGGACCAGCAGCAGAGGCUUCGAGAGGCAGCAGAAGGGCUCCGUGUGGCCACGAAUGCUGCAGCUCAGAACGCAAUAAAUAAAAAACUAGUCAACAGGCUGGAGAUAGCCGCUAAGCAAGCAGCGGCUGCGGCUACUCAAACCAUUGCAGCUGCCCAAAAUGCUGCUGCUUCCAAUAAAAACACCAUCUCACACCAACAGCUAGUUCACAGCUGCAAGGCAGUAGCAGAUAGCAUUCCCCAGUUGGUGCAGGGGAUGAGGAGCAGCCAGGCUCAGCCCGAGGAGCUUGGUACCCAACUAACCCUCAUCAUGGCCAGCCAGACGUUCUUACAGCCCAGCAGUAAGAUGGUGACAUCUGCAAAGUCAACAGUCCCGACUGUGGGGGAUCAGGCUGCUGCUAUGCAACUGGGACAGUGUGCCAAAAACUUGGCUACCUGCCUUGCCGAGCUCAGGACGGCGACCCGGAAGGCCCAUGAAGCCUGUUGUCCGCUGGAGAUCGAUUCGGCCCUCAAAACCGUACAGACGCUGAAGAGUGAGCUUCGGGAUGCGAAGAUGUCCCUCAUUGAUGGCCAACUCAAACCUCUUCCUGGGGAGUCGUUGGAAAAAUGUGCUCAGGAUUUAGGAAGUACGUCUAAGGCUGUGGGUUCCUCCAUGGCCCAGUUGCUGACAUGUGCUGCUCAGGGAAAUGAACAUUAUACAGGUGUGGCUUCCAGAGAAACAGCACAGGCUUUAAGGACAUUGGCUCAAGCAGCCAGAGGUGUGGCAGCCAGCACCAAAGAGCCUCAGGCAUCAGCCGCCAUGCUCGACUCCGCUCAGUGUGUCAUGGAGGGCUCGGCCAUGCUGAUCCACGAAGCCCAUCAGGCCCUGGUUCAUCCAGGUGACGCUGAGAGCCAGCAGAGACUGGCACAGGUGGCCAAAGCAGUGUCUCACUCCCUGAAUAAUUGUGUGAAUUGCCUGCCCGGCCAGAAGGAUGUUGACAUGGCCCUCAGGAGCAUUGGUGAGGCCAGUAAGAAACUGCUGGUGGACAUUCUACCGCCCUGCAGUAAGACAUUCCAGGAGGCCCAGAGUGAUCUGAACCACACAGCAGCUGAACUCAACCACUCUGCAGGCGAGGUCGUCCACUCCUCCCGCGGAACGAGCGGCCAGCUGGCUGCGGCCUCGGGGAAGUUCAGCCAAGACUUUAAUGAGUUCCUGGAUGCUGGCAUUGACAUGGUGGGACACACCCAAAGCAAGGACGACCAGAUCCAAGUAAUUGGUAAUCUGAAGAACAUCUCCAUGGCGUCCAGUAAACUGCUGUUGGCUGCCAAGUCUCUGUCCGUUGAUCCAGGUGCAGCCAACGCUAAGAAUCUUCUAGCUGUGGCAGCAAGGGCCGUGGCAGAGAGUAUUAACCAGCUGAUCACGCUCUUUCCCCAGCAAGCAGCAGGACAAAAGGAGUGUGACAAUGCCUUGAGAGAGUUGGAGGCGGUCAGAGGUCUUCUAAAUAAUCCAAACGAGCCUGUCAACGAACUCUCCUACUUUGACUGUAUCGAGAGCGUCAUGGAGAAUUCCAAGGUUCUAGGAGAGUCAAUGGCAGGUAUUUCACAGCACUGUAAGACAGGCGACGUGCUGGCCUUCGGGGAGAGCGUGGCCGUGGCCUCCAAAGCUCUGUGUGGGCUCACGGAGGCUGGAGGACAGGCCUCUUAUCUUGUAGGUGUGUCUGAUCCCAAUAGUCAGUUAGGCCACGAAGGGCUGGUGGAUCCCAUCCAGUUUGCAAAGGCACACCAGGCGAUCCAGAUGGCUUGUCAGAACUUAGUAGACCCUGCUAGUAGUCCCACACAGAUCCUGUCUGCAGCGACGAUUGUAGCCAAGCACACCUCAGCUCUCUGUAACGCCUGCCGCCUGGCUUCUUCUAAAACCUCCAACCCGGUGGCGCGGAGACAGUUUGUCCAGUCAGCCAAAGAGGUGGCCAACACUACGGCCAACCUUGUCAAAACCAUCAAGGUCAACUCCCCAACUUAUCAAAACGCCUACGAUGGGGAUUUUUCUGAUAACAACAGCAACAGAUGCCGCGUUGCAACGGCCCCUCUCCUUGGGGCUGUAGAAAACCUGUCGACCUUUGCCAACAACCCGGAGUUUGCAAGCAUCCCAGCUCAAAUCAGCAAUGAGGGCUCAGCUGCUCAGGAGCCGAUUGUGCGUUCAGCUCGCUCGAUGCUCGACAGCUCCACUUACCUUUUAGAAACAGCCCGCUCGCUCGUCCUAAAUCCAAAAGAUCCUCCCACAUGGUCCAUCCUGGCCGGACAAUCCAGAACAGUCUCUGACUCCAUUAAGAGUCUUAUCACCUCCAUCAGGGACAAGGCACCCGGACAGAGGGAGUGUGACUACUCCAUUGAUAACAUCAAUAAGUGCAUCCGGGACAUUGAGCAAGCUUCCCUAGCUGCAGUUGGGCAGACAUUGCCCUGCAGAGAUGAUAUCUCUAUAGAAGCACUCCAGGAGCAGCUAACGUCUUCUGUGCAGGAGAUUGGGCAUCUGAUUGAUCCCGUCUCCACAGCCGCCAGAGGCGAAGCUGCCCAAAUCGGACACAAGGUGAGCCAGCUGGCAAGGUACUUUGAUCCACUCAUCGUGGCAUCGGUGGGCCUGGCCUCUAAGCUGCACAACCACCAGCAGCAGAUGACCAUCUUAGACCAGAGCAAGACCCUGUCUGAGUCUGCCCUGCAGAUGCUCUAUGCUGCCAAGGAAGGCGGGGGGAACCCUAAGGCGUCCCAUACCCACGAUGCCAUCUCCGAAGCGGCCCAGCUGAUGAAGGAGGCCGUGGACGACAUCAUGGUGACAAUGAACGAAGCAGCCAGCGAAGGGGGCAUGGUCGGCGGUAUGGUGGAGUCCAUUGCUGAGGCCAUGGGCAGGCUGGAGGAAGGAACACCACCUGAACCUGAGGGCACCUUCGUAGACUACCAAACCACCAUGGUGAAGUUCUCCAAAGCCAUUGCUAUCACUGCGCAAGAGAUGAUGACUAAGUCAGUAACCUGUCCUGAAGAGCUUGGCGGCCUUGCCUCACAGGUCACAGUAGAUUAUGGUCAGCUAGCACACCAAGGACGCCUUGCUGCAGCCACUGCAGAGUCAGAGGAGGUCGGCUACCAGAUCAAGACACGGGUGCAGGAACUGGGCCAUGGCUGUAACUACAUUGUCCAGAAGGCUGGAGCUCUGCAGCUCAGCCCCACCGACAGCUUCUCCAAGAGGGAGCUCAUCGAGUGUGCACGUGCAGUCACGGAGAAGGUGUCCUUGGUUCUGUCAGCACUGCAGGCGGGGAACAAAGGCACCCAGGCCUGUAUCACAGCAGCCAGCGCUGUUUCUGGCGUCAUCGCUGACCUGGACACCACCAUCAUGUUCGCCUCAGCUGGAACUCUCAGCCCUGAAAAUGAAGAGUCUUUUGCAGACCACAGGGAGAGCAUCUUGAAGACAGCCAAGGCACUGGUGGAGGAUACCAAGCUGCUGGUUGCUGGAGCUGCCUCCAGCCAGGAGAAACUGGCCCAGGCUGCCCAGUCCUCAGCCAAGACCAUCGCCCAGCUCACUGAGGUGGUUAAACUGGGAGCAACCAGCAUGGGCUCUGAGAACCCCGAGACACAGGUGGUUCUAAUAAACGCGGUGCGGGAUGUGGCGAAGGCUCUCCCUGAACUCAUAAGCGCCACCAAAUGUGCCGCUAGCAAGCCAGCUGAUGACCCGUCUAUGUACCAGUUGAAGAGCGCUGCCAAGGUCAUGGUGACCAAUGUGACAUCUCUGUUGAAAACGGUGAAGGCCGUGGAGGAUGAAGCGACCCGCGGGACGAGGGCACUAGAAGCCACUAUUGAGUGCAUCAAACAGGAGCUGACGGUGUUCCAGUCCAAGGACGUCCCAGACAGGUGCACCACACCUGAGGAGUUCAUCCGCACGACAAAGGGCAUCACCAUAGCAACGGCCAAGGCAGUGGCUGCAGGAAACUCUGCACAGCAGGAGGAUGUGAUCGCCACCGCCAACCUGAGCCGAAAAGCCAUCUACGAUAUGCUGACAUCCUGCAAGCAAGCAGCCUGCCACCCAGAAGUGGGUGAGGAACUGAGGAGCAAAGUCCUGCAGUACGGCUUUGAGUGCACAGCCAGAUAUAUCAACCUUCUGGAGCAAGUCCUGCAGGUGCUGCACAGGCCCAUCCCCGAGCAGAAGCAGCAGCUGUCCUUACACUCAAAGCAUGUGGCAGCGUGUGUGACGGAGCUCGUCCAGACAGCUGAGGCCAUGAAAGAUGGAGGCUCCGAGUACGUGGACCCAGAGGACCCCACUGUCGUCGCUGAGACCGAGCUGCUUGGAGCAGCGGCGUCCAUUGAAGCUGCAGCCAAGAAACUGGAGCAGCUCAAACCCAGAGCCAAACCCAAGCAGGCAGAUGAGAUGCUGGAUUUUGAGGAGCAGAUAUUGGAAGCAGCCAAGUCCAUCGCCGCGGCGAGUAGCGCUCUGGUUAAAUCUGCAUCGGCUGCUCAGAGAGAACUGGUGGCCCAAGGCAAGGUGGGAUCCAAUCUAGCGAAUGCAACGGACGAUGGUCAGUGGUCACAGGGUCUGAUAUCAGCCGCGCGUCGGGUGGCCACGGCCACCAGCAGCCUGUGUGAGGCAGCAAACGCCUCAGUGCAAGGCCACGCCAGCGAGGAGAAGCUCAUCUCUUCAGCCAAGCAGGUCGCAGCCUCCACAGCUCAGCUGCUGGUGGCCUGCAAGGUGAAGGCUGACCAGGAUUCAGAAGCCAUGAAGAGGCUACAGGCUGCCGGCAACGCGGUGAAGCGAGCUUCAGACAACCUGGUGAAGGCGGCUCAGAAAGCAGCGUUCGACAAGACUGAGGAUGACAGCGUGGUGGUGAAGACCAAAUUCGUUGGAGGCAUAGCUCAGAUCAUUGCGGCUCAGGAAGAGAUGCUGAGGAAGGAGCGAGAGCUGGAGGAAGCCCGUAAAAAGCUGGUUCAGAUCCGACAGCAGCAGUACAAGUUCUUGCCCAGCGAGCUGAGGAAGGACGAGGGCUGACGGGGAAAACGGGCUGUGAGCCGCGCUGACGACACCUUCUGUUCCCGGCGAGAUGUUGCCGAUGUACGAUUGGUUGCUUCACUCUCAUAUUUCCGAGGAAUAUACAGCACUUGAAAAACAGGCCUGUUUAGUGAGAAGAACAAGUGCCCGUGCUCUGUUGUAUAUUUGUUUAUAUGUGUGUGUGUGUGUGUGUGUGUGUGACGUGUGUAUGUAUUUGUCAGUGAUCAGCAUUGGCAUUCAGAGUUCAUCAUGAACAUGUUUGUCCCUCCAAGCGAGUGGAGACGGUGGGAUGAAGUUGUAUGAUAAGCUUGUCAUCGCUGUGUCAGUGUCGCUGCAUAAUGAGCGUUGUCGACCGUUAAAAUCACCAAUCGAAGCACAUGCUGAAAUCCUCUAUAAUCCCUGAAUGUCCUAUAAUUGUUGAAGGUUUAUUGCACAUAUAAAGAAACUGUUAAUAUCUAUGGCAGAACAAACCUAAAGAUCCAUGGCUUGUAUUCUAAAUGUAAAAUAAAUCCAGGGGUUCGUAACACAGGCGGGUGGGGUACGCCUCAUUUCACCACUGGCUUGCAUGUACAACAGUUAUAGAUUUCAAUGAAAUUACUAACAAAUAGAGAAGGGCAGCGCGGAGAGAUGCUUAUAUUUUACUAAUAAGAAUGUGAAUUUGGGGUUAACUGUUGAAGGAGCAACUCUUUAGAAAUUAAAGAAUUACGAUUGAACUAUUUUGUCCCGCUUGACGCCGAACAAUGAUUUUAAUAAAUAAAUAAAAACAGAGAAUUAUACUAGCUAUAAAAAGUUAUUCUCAGCAGGGUUUUUCUUAAAAAGCAGACAGGUGUUAUUUAGAGAAUCUGGACUAUAUUUGACCAUAUAUGUUAUGCUGCUUAAACAUUACAUCAUUAUCAUGUGACCCUACCGGUUCUUCCCUUACAUACACGGAGCGGUUCAAGGAAUACAUUACAUUACUUGUCAUGUUUGUUCUCUCUUGUCUCCAUGUUUUAAUUCCCCUCAUAAUGACGCUGGCCAGCGGUGGUUCGGGUGCCCACUGUACACACACCGAUAGUUAUUCCCCACCAGUCACCGGCCUGUCAUGGUAAAGGCAUUUCCACUUUAGCGCGACCGUCCAUAGCAAUGCAUUACGUUGACUAUCCUGGCGCGCUGAUAAUGAGCCUGCGCUGGUUGUAAGAUUGUUUAUGUGCAAUGAUGUUUGGCUGUGGGCCCUUGAAUGAAGCGAGCACACAUUAUGCACUGACGUUGCUCAUAAACAUAUGCACUGAAGACAGCCAUUUUAAGCUUCCAUUAUAUUACUUACGUAACUACAAACUAGAAGGAAAUCGCUGCGAGCACUGAUUGAGGACAUUUAUUGAAUCCUCUUUUUUUCCCCCUUAGCAUAUUGAUUUAUAUCACAUUGAAAAUUAGAAAUUUGAUGCAGUUCAUCUCCUUAGUCUUUCCAUGCCAGCAUCUGGGCUGCAUUGUGUACUAGUGCCUUACUCGAGUGUGCCCUGCGAGCAGCUGAAGAUCAGGCCGGGUGGGAGCCUGAGCCUUGUCCUCUCUGGAUCACAACAUUAUGCCAGUCGAGUCCCCAUCGGGGCCUUAAACUGUCACCCAGUCCUUUGCUGUACAACACAAUGCCCUGGCUGGUGGCGUACUUACCUACAAUAUUAAAACAUUCUGGUAAAAGGGGCGCAUGUGUGGAUUACUUAGGGCACAUGUUAGAAGACUGACACUAGACUGCAUUCCAUCAGCAUAUGGCAAUUUGUGUUUGAAGUACAAUAAAUUGUUAAAACAA